UUCCUGCUGCUCUUACUUCCUGUUUAGUGCACAGCAUAUCGCUUCGUGUUGUCUCGUUUUCUGUCGGUGUCGUGUUUUGUGUUAUUAUUUUGUGUUUGUCUCUGGACCCAGACACACACAUCUGCACCAGCUAACACCGGACCCACUGGGAGGAUCUGGGUUAAGUGGACCGACACAGAACCGGGAGUUGGGCUGAGUUCUGAUGAGCAGCCGGUGUUUGUCUGGGUUUUCGUGUUCUCGCUCCUGAUGGAUUUUACAUAAACAUUUUAAGUUAAUCCGCUAAUAAUGAGCUGUAUGGUGCUAGUGCUAAUUAGCCCACUCUGCUAACCAGGUUAGUUCAUGAGUGAGUUAUCGCCGCGGCCGUGAACUUUAAGUUUCGGCUGUGUUUUAAAGCGAGUUUGGUCUAAAGCUAAAGGUGCUAAUUUCCACAACAGCUAGGUGGAAGUGGGUUUAAUGUAGUCCGAGUUUGGCUAAACUGGGUUUGAAACGGGCUAAACUUGGCUUAAUGAAAUAACUUUUGUGUUUAAGUUCACUUAGACUUUCAUUUAACAAAAGCUUUAAAGCGGUUCUGCCUGGUUCUCAUUCAGCCGCUCAAACUGGAUUUAGUUGUGGAUUUCUGUUAAGCGGCGUUUUAAACGAGCUGAGACUUGUGUUUCUACUGACACUAGUGACAAGGUCCGGUUUGAAUUUGGUUUAGCCUUACUUGUGUUUUUUUUCCUUUAAGUUAAAUUCUUUAUUUGUGUGAAUGUACUCUGGCCCUGUUUGAGCUCAGAACUGGACGUGACCAUACUUUAUUUAAGUAAUAGUCAUCGUCAUGUGCCCUUUGGCUUUAAAACGCGCUUUAAGCUUCUGAACCCAGGUUGAUUCUGUUUGGACUAGUCCAGUGUUGAACCGGGUCAUACAUGUAGUCUGCCUGGUUUUGACGUGGCUCCGGUACCAGCUUCAAUUAACGUAAACGUUAUCUAUUUCUGGCUUUGUCAGAUUGGAGUGUAAACCUGGGUUUGGACUGGUUUAGACUCACCCAGUGGCCUUGUUGGAUCUCAGGUUUAAAGAGUCCUAAUUAGUAGUAGUUUUUGUGGAUGCAGUUCCACUGGGUCUGAUGGGGGUUUAGUCCCAGGUUCAGCUCGCCAUGGCAGAGCUCCACCAGACUCCCACCUCCCUGUGCUGCUGUCGUAAAUCCCUGUCCAUGUCCGGAGCCCGGUGUGUUGGGGACUCCCGCUGGCCCUCGGAGGCUUCGGGGCUCGGCUCCCCACGAUGUCCCCUAGUGGAUGUGGCCUCAGCGUCCAACUUCAGGUGCUUCCAGCUGCGACAUUUCCACCUGGACCUGCGGCUUAACUUUGCUAUGAAGGAGAUAAGCUGCUGGCUGGUCCUGGACCUGCUGCCCAUCCAGCCGGGGGUCAACACUCUGGUUUUGGAUUCCCAUCCCUCCCUGCUGAUCCACUCCAUAGACUGCAAGGUUCCUAUGGACAGUCAGGAGGAGCCCGUCUCUCUGACAUACAGAGUGGACCCAUUUACUGAUUAUGGAUCAUCGCUCAACAUCAGCCUCCCAACAGCAGCUGUGAAACCAGGACGGCUGAUCCAGAUCACAGUACGCUACACCACCACAGAUGGACCUGCAAUCUGGUGGCUGGACUCUGAGCUGACCUGUGGUCAGUCUCAUCCUUUGGUCUUUACUCAGGGUCACUCUGUGUGUAACCGCUCAUUCUUCCCCUGCUUUGACACACCUGCCGUCAAGAGCACAUACACAGCUACAGUCAGGGUCCCUGACGGAGUGACAGUCCUGAUGAGUGCAUCUCGGAGCUCGUACUCCAAACAGGAACGGGUCUUCACGUUCUCCAUGGAGUUCCCUGUCCCGUCCUACCUGGUGGCACUGGUGGCUGGAGAGUUGCAGCACGUUGAUGUCGGCCCAAGGAGCCGUGUGUGGGCGGAGCCAUGUCUGUUAUCUUGUGCAGUAAAGAAGCUGGGGGGCAGUGUCGAGCACUGCCUGGGUGUGGCUGAGGAGCUGUUUGGACCGUACCUGUGGGGCAGGUGUGACAUUGUGUUCCUGCCGCCGUCCUUCCCCAUUGUUGCUAUGGAGAACCCAUGUCUCACAUUCAUCAUCACAUCUAUUUUGGAGAGUAGCGAGUUCCUGCUGAUUGAUGUGAUCCAUGAGAUCGCUCACGGCUGGUUCGGGAAUGCUGUCACCAAUGCCACCUGGGAGGAGAUGUGGCUGAGUGAGGGCCUGGCGACGUAUGCGCAGAGACGCAUCACUACUGAGGCGUACGGUGAGGCAUUCACCUGUCUGGAAACUGUUGUUCGACUGGACGCCCUCCACCGACAGCUUCGCCUCCUCGGAGACAACAACCCUGUGAGCAAACUGCAGGUCAAGUUUGAGUCAGGUGUAAACCCCAGCACUCUGAUGAAUCUAUUCACCUAUGAGAAGGGCUUCUGCUUCGUGUCGUACCUGUCUCAGCUCUGUGGAGAUGUUAGACGCUUUGACUGUUUCCUCAGGGACUACAUCUCAGAGUUCAAGUUUAAAAGUGUGGUGGCUCAGGACCUCAUUGACUUCUUCCUGCGUUAUUUCCCGGAGCUGCAAGACGCUGCUGUCGCUCAGAGAGAAGGUCUGGAGUUCGAGCGCUGGCUCAGCGACUGCGGACCCCCUCUCUGUGAACCAGAUCUGUCAGCAGGAGUCUCACUGAUCCAGCCGGUGCAGGAUUUGUGUGACCUUUGGAGAACCAGUGAUCCUCCAGACCUGCAGACACUGAUGACUUUUGACAUCUCAGCUUGGAGCACCUUUCAAAUUGUCCUGUUCCUGGACAGAAUGCUGGACCAUUCCCCACUACCACAUGAUGUGAUGGUGAGUCUGUCCAACUGUUACUCUUCUCUGUUUGAUGGUCUGAACGCUGAGGUUCAGAUCCGCUGGCUGCAGAUGGUGGUGAGGAACACGUUCUAUCCUGACCUUCCUCGAGUCAGAGCCUUCCUCCACAAACAUACAUCCAGGAUGUACACAGUACCUCUGUACGAGGACCUGGUUGUUGGUGUGAUGAAGUGCAUUGCCAUAGAGAUCUUCUACCAGACUCAGCGCCGCCUUCACCCGAACCUCAGACGGACAUUACAGCAGAUUCUGUUUCAGACCAGCAACACCCAAACCAAUCCGAGCAGCCCACCUCCACCCAUUAUGGACCCCUCACCCUCCACCCCACCUCCUAACUCUACACACUCGCCACCCGCUGCCACGGUAACUGUCUCCACUACCUCUGCAGGAACGGCUGUUGCAAUUGCUCUGAGGGACGUUAACGUCUCAGCGUGACAUCCACCUGUUCUGUAGAGCCUCUCUGUAGUUACUGGUAAAUGAUGACCAGGCCACAGUGAUGGAAGCAGCAUCUACACAUUCUGAAACACUGAGAGAAGUACAGGAAGAUCUCUCUAGGGAUUUUAAAAUCUGAUUUUUGGGUGGUGUUGAUGAGGGAUGGGUCAGAGGUCGCAACUCAUCAUGUCACUUUAACCUCUUAAGUUCACCUGCUGCCUAAACCUUCAGCUCAGAGACUUUCAGGGACUUGGAAAAUUGAGCUGAUGUUAUGACAAAUCUGUGGCCUGUCGCCCAAAGAUGCAUCCUGUUGUUAAGCACCAAUCUGAUGAAGACUGAAUCACUUUUACUCCUCAGUCCAAUUUAAAGGACAAAUGGAAAUAAGAUGUCAGAGUUUUAAUUCGCCUGCAAUGAUUCUUAGCAGUUUGAUUUUUGUUUAAUUCAACCUGAGAAUUUUCUGACUGACGAAGUUCAGGUUCCUACUUUUCAUUUAUCCUGACAAUGAGAAGAUAUGUUAAAAAUCUGUGAAAGGAUAGGACAGGAAAAAAUCCCCACCUCUGGUGGUCACUAUGUAGUUUUUCCCUCUCCUCUGGUUGGUAACGGCUGUGGACUUUCAGCUGGAACUGGGAAGUGUCUUCUAAUUAAAAUGACCUGCCUUUAAACAAAAGGAACUCUGUGAACUUCUACAUCUAGUUAUCAUUUGAAAUGAAUAAAAUAAAAUAAUAAAAGCUGAUGAGUUCUGAACUGAUCAAUAAAUAAACCAAACUAUUCUAACAUCAGUCUUUCAAGACUUUUCGACAUUAAUCAGACUAUUUCACUUUUGAAACACUUCAGACUGAAUUAUGGUUGGAUUUUAAAACAUUGGUCAAUUCAGAACACGUCAGAACAUUUGGAAUUAACAAUCUAUUUUUUGUUAUUUUUUGUGAAACCACACCAGCUGUUAAGACAUCUUCUUCACAUCAUCUUUAUUAGUUAUGCGGCGCUAGUCUAAUCUGGCUGGUCCCAUUCUUACUUAGCCAAUACGUUUAUCUCUACCUCUAUCUGAUGAAGUAGAACACUGAUGCAGACUGGAGCGCAGAUCUUGAGAGUCAUAUUCAGGGUAUUGGAAUCAUGUGACCUGAGCAGAAACUAAAAAAAAACCAGCAACCUUCUUAAAUUGUCUUCAUCUAAAACUGAUCCUGCACAUAAACCCCAUUCAUUUCUAAUUAUUGUGACAAAAAAGCUGAAACAUUUUUUAUUCCAUUUUUUUAAUUUAUUAAACAAAAUACUAACA